GGUCCGCGAUCUUCUCCAGUCCUUUGAUUUUUGUUCUGGUCUGGGAGCUCUCGGCCGCCUGUGGAAGCGGAACAACUGCCUUUGGGUUUGGGAAGUCUUGAGAGCCAAGAAAACAGUGCAGAAGCGGGUGUCCAGUUUUCACCGAAAAGGAGCGGUCCUGCCGUCUGUCGAGGGGCAAGGGGAAAGUUUCCAAAUUGAAAUAUGGGUAGAAUUUUGACACGUUUUUAGGAUGAUGGCGGAGCGACAUUAAGUGUAAAGGCUGGAGGUCCUGGAAAUAGGGACUCCAGACAGUCAUCCAGAGAGAUUUCUUCCCCGAUGUGGAGAAACUACAGGCACAGAAGGAAUACCUGGAGGCUGAGGAAAAUGGAGAUUUGGAGCGCAUGCGCCAGAUUGCCAUCAAAUUUGGCUCUGCCCUGGGCAAGAUAUCUCGGGAACCUCCACCACCCUAUGUUACUCCAGCCACCUUUGAAACUCCUGAGGUUCAUCCAGGCUCUGGUGUGGUGGGCAGCAAGCCCCGGCCCCAGGGCCGGGACCUAGAGGAUGCAGGAGAGGCUGGAGAGGAGGAGGAGAAGGAGCCGCUGCCCAGCCUGGAUGUCUUCUUGAGCCGCUAUACAAGUGAGGACAAUGCCUCCUUCCAGGAGAUCAUGGAGGUGGCCAAGGAAAAAAGCCACGCCCGCCAUGCGUGGCUCUACCAAGCUGAGGAGGAAUUUGAGAAGCGACAGAAAGAUAAUCUUGAACUCCCAUCGGCAGAGCACCAGGCCAUUGAGAGUGGUCAGGCUGGAGUGGAGACCUGGAAGUACAAGGCGAAGAACUCGCUCAUGUACUAUCCUGAGGGCGUCCCUGAGGAAGAACAGCUAUUUAAGAAACCUCGGCAGGUCGUACACAAGAACACGCGUUUCCUCCGGGACCCCUUCAGUCAGGCCCUGAGCAGGUCCCAGCUUCAGCAAGCAGCCGCCCUGAAUGCUCAGCACAAGCAGGGCAAGGUCGGCCCCGAUGGCAAGGAGCUCAUUCCGCAGGAGUCCCCCCGAGUGGGCGGCUUCGGGUUUGUUGCUACUCCUUCUCCUGCUCCUGGUGUGAAUGAGUCACCGUUGAUGACGUGGGGAGAAGUUGAGAACACUCCCCUGAGAGUCGAAGGGUCAGAGAGCCCCUAUGUGGACAGGACGCCAGGACCGACUUUCAAGAUCUUGGAGCCAGGACGCAGGGAGCGCCUGGGUCUGAAGAUGGCCAAUGAAGCGGCUGCCAAAAACCGGGCCAAGAAGCAGGAAGCAUUGCGGAGAGUCACCGAGAACUUGGCCAGCCUUACUCCCAAAGGCCUGAGCCCAGCCAUGUCCCCAGCCCUACAGCGCCUCGUCAGCAGGACAGCCAGCAAGUAUACAGAUCGCGCCUUGCGGGCCAGCUACACACCAUCCCCAGCACGCUCUGCCCACCUCAAGACCCCGGCUGGUGGGCCACAGACCCCAACGAGCACACCAGCCCCUGGGUCUGCCACACGCACACCCCUCACACAGGACCCAGCCUCCAUCACCGACAACCUGCUGCAGCUCCCUGCCCGGCGCAAAGCUGCAGACUUCUUCUAGAGCCAGGCCUGGCCGGACCUGUGGAUGCUCUGUAGGACACUUUGUGGAGCGUGUGGAGCAGCUGUCUACUCUGCAGAGGACUUCAGGCCUUGGGGACCCAGACCACAGGCAGUUGAUUAUCCCAGGAACCACAAGUGUGUAGUGCCGUGCCGUGGCACGUUCCGCUGACCACUCCCUUGGGAGUGUAGCAUUGGUGCUGUCCCCCAAGGCCCUGCUGAAACUGCCUUCUAGUUAACCCCCAACUGAACGCUCAUUAAAGAACACCUGGCAUUGUC